AUGUCGCUAUUCCGUCAAGUUGGGAGGUUUCCUCGAUCAACAUUUCCUAAACUAUUUUCCACAAAGACUAGGAUUACGGCCAAAUUAGCAUCAAGCUUCACACCAGCUGAAGUUAAACUAUUGAGAGUGAAUUUCCAGCCAGCUUCUUUCGAGGAUGUUAUCCCUGCCACCGAGGAUCCUGUCACAGUUCCGAAAGAAUAUCUUCUUCCCGAAAUCAACCGCGAUGAUGUCUCUAGCGCAAAUUUUAACGUUGAUAAGCUUGAUCAGGUUUCAAAUAAUCGAGUCAAAACGUUCCUUGAUAAAAUGCAUGAUGUUGUGAUGAAUGAAAAAGUGGCCACAGGCACAAUGGAGUCUAAAACUGACACAUUGGUGGACGAUCUGCUUCGUAUCGUCGACUUGAAUGACUGGCCCUUGAAGUUAAUAAAUCAUCCGCUAUGUAGACUAGUUAUUAAAGAAAACCAAUAUGUUUCAGCAGACCCCGAAUUUGUGAUUGCUAAUCGAAAAUUAAGUAUGGUGGCUAUAGAGGACAAACAUAUCAAAAAUGUUUGGAAACCAAGCGGUUUCGGGGAAACACAAAUUGCCGUACAGAUUGUUGCCUGCGGAAAUGAGAACAUACGUGCCACUAGUAAAGAGGAAUUUAUUAAUCAAACCAUAUUUGCUAUGCGCGUCAUCUCAACGUACGUGACAUUUUACAAAGCAGUAAUCCCUGCAGAAUAUUGGUCCGAAUUUGAUCGUGGUCUACCCAAAGAGGCAUCAGUUAACGUUAAAAGAUGGCCAGGGGAGAAUGGAAAGCAGGAAGGUCUGGAUUUAGUAGAACCAGAUGGGAGACGAGAAGUGCUGGGAGCAUUAACUAAAAUUCGCCAAUUUCUUCUGCGGAAUGAAUAA